CCUUCCCUAAUCAAGUCCUUACUCAUAGACCAAACUCCCCCCUCUCAUUCACUCACUCACUUGAGGCCAAUCCGUCCUCUCUGUCUGUCUCUUUUUCACUCUCUCUCUCUCUCUGAAACAGAAGUCAGAGCUUUCCUCACUGACAGCCUCAAGUACUCACAGCACUUACUGAAGCUAGAGAGAGAAACUGCAAAUCCACAUUACACUGAGAAACUUUUUUUUUUCCCUUUUUCUGUUUUUGCUUCAUAUUCAUUUUUCCAGAGUAAAAACAAAACAAAAAAAGUUUAUAUAUUUUCCAAAGGGAUAAGCUUUUCACUGAGAAUAUAGAAGGAAAAUAGCAAGCCUAUUAAACCCUGGUCUCAGGAUGUCUGUGCAUUUACUGAACGGAUUUCUGCUGGUACUUUGCUGGAUUACAGUCAGGAGUACACCAACUCCAGGAUCUGAGGGACACAGUUCAGUCACUGACUGUCCAUCAUGCUCACUCUCCAGAUUCCAGAAGGAUGCGCCCAGUUCUCAAAGUGACAUGGUGGAGGCAGUAAAGAAGCACAUUCUGAAUAUGCUGCACUUGAGGGACAGACCCAACAUCACCCAGCCAGUGCCUAAAGCAGCACUUUUAAACGCCAUCAAGAAAGUUCACGUGGGAAAAGUGGGAGACGAUGGCCAAGUGCAAAUAGAUGAUGUUAUUGCGCGGAGAGCAGAAAUGAAUGAAAUAUUGGAGCAAACUUCGGAAAUCAUUACGUUUGCGGAAGCAGGGCCUUCAAAGAAAAUUCUUCACUUUGAAAUCUCCAAAGAAGGCAGUGAUUUACUGAUAAUCAGGGAAGCAGAACUCUGGCUCUUCCUAAAGCUGUCUAAAGCAAACCGAAGUCGGGCAAGAUUAACAAUUCGACUAUAUCAUCAGCAGCGAGGUCAGAAGGAGCACAGAGGAUUUGACGGAAACAAGAAUGAACUGUUGAUAGCUGAGAAAGUGGUGGACACAAAGAAAAGUGGUUGGCACACAUUUCCCAUAUCUGGGAGCAUUCAGCGUUUACUGAAUCUUGGCAAGUCGUCUAUGGAUAUUCGAAUAGCUUGUGAUAAGUGCCAAGAGACAGGAGCAACCCCUGUCUUGCUUGGGAAACGGAAAAGAAAAGAUGACGAGGACAAAGAAGCAGGAACAACUGUAAGUGAAGAAGAGAAAGAGCAGUCACAUAGACCUUUCCUAAUGAUUGUGGCUCAGCAGACCGAUGAUCACCCUCACAGGAGGAGAAAACGUGGCUUAGAAUGUGACGGCAAAGUCAGCAAUUGCUGCAAAAAGCAUUUUUACGUCAGUUUCAAGGACAUAGGCUGGAGCGACUGGAUCAUAGCACCUCCUGGUUACCAUGCCAACUACUGCGAGGGGGAUUGCCCCAACCACAUCGCUGGGACAUCGGGGGCUUCUCUAUCUUUUCAUUCCACAGUAAUCCACCAGUAUCGAGUUAAAGGCCACAGUCCAUUCAACAGCAUCAAAUCAUGCUGUGUUCCAUCCAAGUUGAGAGCUAUGUCAAUGCUCUAUUAUGAUGAUGCACAAAAUAUAAUUAAGAAGGAUAUACAGAAUAUGAUUGUGGAAGAAUGUGGUUGCUCAUAAAAUGAACAUGUACUGAAACAAUAUCAGUUAUAUUAUACACUAAUCAAUAAAACUGAAAAUGACUUGCAAAUGAGCAAUGAUCAACGGGAGAAGAAACUAGAUACUAAGGAAGAACAAGUUCUAAACCUGCAGCAAUCGCUAUAAGGAAAGAACAAUUCCAGCUCUUAUAGUAAGGAGUGAGAAUACCAUUCUAACAGGCACAAAAAGACAUCUGUAUAUCUAUAUAUACACCAUAUUCACUGUCUGUGUAAAUGUAUAUGCAUUUACACUUGUCUGUAUAAAUAGAUAUGCAGAGAUCCAUAGCACCAAGUUAGGCCUUCCCUGUUUUACAACAGUCUCUAUAUUGCGCAGGUGACUCACGUUCUUCCUCCUGCACUAUUACUGCAUAACAAACAAAUGAAAGCGUACAAAGUUAAAUUUCGCUAAGGUGCUUACGAUCUUUGAACUAUGCAACUUAUGGGGUUUGAAAACUGUUUACCCGGAAAACAAAAAAAAGAAAGGAGAGACUUUUCAGUGGAAGUAACAGGUUUAAUAUUUUUGUUCUUUCAUGAGAGAUACUUGAAAGGAACAUGUUGGUUCAGAUACUGGAACCAAACAUUUCUAUAUUUUGUAAAAAAAAUGUUUCCUUUUUUAUUUGCACUACAACAGUAUUUGACAUGUUUAAUAUCAUUAUUUAACAAGUAUUUUCAAGAGAGGUUUUAAGAGCUGCACUUAUCAUGAGCUAGAUCAAACUGCUACAGCACACAUCAAGAUAGCUAUUUUUAUGACUAUUUUCAAUAUUUUUUCUACCUUAAAUGAGACACUUACACCAAAGACGUGUGUGAAGAUUUAAGUUUGCCUGUGGUUGAUAAUCACUGGGCAAAUGGGAGGGAAGAUUAUAAAGCAUUGAGUGUAAAUGAAAAUGUAUUGAAGCCAAAAUUGUAUAUUUUAUCUACAUUCAUUUAUGAGUAAUUGUGCUGCUUUAAGACAGCUUUCUGUUUCCUUUAAAAAAGGCACUUCAGUGACUUAUCUCUAAUGCAUAUUUUAUUUUUUGGUUGCCCAUUCCACUUAUGGGUUGUCCAAUUUAUUAACCAUAUGCUACAAUAAGACUUCUAUUCUUGGAUUUUUAAAAUGAUGACCUGCCUGAAAUUACAUUAUUUUUAAGAGUAAUGCAAGCUUCAUACUGUGCAGCAUAGAACGUAGAACUCAUUGGCCUGCAAUUUAUGCCCAAAGUCAGAAAACUGGUGCACAAGUGAGCAAAUAAUAAAAAAAAGUGCUGUAACCCAUAGCAACUAAUCAGACAUUUGCGUAACUGUACUAGAAACAUGACAAGUUGCUACGAUCUACAGUUAGGUCACAGGGAAUGCAUUUAAGUCAUAAAAAAAUAAAAAGUCAAACUAAAAAAUCAGUCAGUGAGAGGGAAUGAGAAACAUAUCACUUUUCCGCAUUCUAUGGAAAGAUUGGUCUUCACAACAAUUCAUUAAGUGUUCUUGUCUAAGUAUGUAUAUGUGUAAUAAGGUGCAAAAUAUCUUUUUCUUUCAUGUAUUAUUAGCAAAAUACAUGCUUCUAUUUUUUAAUUUAUUCCACAGUAUUUAGCUUGCAUUGUAAGGCAAAUGUGUUAUUCAUAUAUUUGCAUUUUAUUCCAAUACAUUUCUGACAUGUUUGCAGUUUGCAAAAAAGAAAAAGAGAAAAAAAAGAAAAAGUAAAAAAGCAAAUGAAUAGUAGAACAUAGUGUAAGACUUUUACACUGUUGUAUAUAACUAAUUUUCAAUGGGAAAUUUGUGACCGCAAAAUAAAGAUACAAAGUUACAAUUACAUAUAAAGAUCCAGUUGGGUAGCAAGAAAAAAGUAAAUGUAUAGUACGUUAUUGAAAAUUAUUGUGGGAUUUUUCUCUGGGACCACCAUUUUAAGCAUUUCGUACAAUUUUUCAAACAUUUUAAUGCUUUAAAAAGUUAUUUUUAUUCUCUCUUGAGACUAUUAGAUAACCUAAACUGCUCCAUACAUAGUCAGAAUUGGGAUUGUUUUAUAAUAAUAACAUUUUUAGAUAUAUUAAAGUCUAUUUUUUCUACUCGGGACCACCCAUCACAAAAUUACUAUAAAAGAGACACUGCCUAUUCAUCAAUAAAUCUUCAUCUGAAUAACAGAUUAACUAGUAAAAAGAACAUAGUAUACAUGCAUGGUAUGUUUUUAAUCAUUCAACAAAUCAUUAAAUGCAAGACAUACUAAAAAUGUGUUUAUAAUGGGUACAGUAUAUGUGAAGUGAGGCCUAGCCAAUAUUUCCUGACAUCUAAAGACAUUUUACAUAUAAAAAAAAUAAUUCUUAAUUGUUUAUGGCAUACAGUUAGCAAAAUAUGGUUUUGUUUAAAGUAGUGCAAUUUGCCACCACACAUUUAUUCAAAUUGGAUAAAACUGACUAAAAUUAGAAUAUGUGAAGUAUACAGUAUUUGUGUUUUUCCACCAAUUAAUGCAAUUCCUGAGUGCCUCUUGUAACACCACAUUGACAUGUUGCCUGUGUCAUAUUCUUUGGGUUAAUACUUUAUCACAGCAUAUUAAAAAAUGUCAAACUAUAACACAGUCUUCAAGAAACAAAAAAAACAAAAAAAUGUUGCCUACCCCUUUUUUAAUGUUUAUUUAAUUUGAAACAUAAGCAUCUACUGAUAUUGUUAUACCUAUUGUUUAGGUGGAGCUUAGAGCCUGAAUAUAUUCCAAAUUAGAGCUCAGAAUGGGUAGACUUUGAGUUAAAAAGUGUUGCUUUAACUUUAUAAAUCUGUCGAAAGAAAGAGACCAGAAGAUAAAUGGUCAGGGGAAACCUUAUCCAUGCUGGCUUCCCUGUGAACUCUGUAGUUCACUGGGGCAUUGUAAUAUUUGUAUUCUGCAGUGGUUCAUUUUUCCGGAUCAUGCCUUCAUUAGGUUCACAUUCAUUGUAAAAUAUGUAAACUGUUAUAGCAAUUUUAAUAUUUAUUGAGUCCCCUUAUUUUAAACCUGCCACUUUUUGAUAUGGCAUUACCAAGAUCAGAACAUAACCACUUAUUAUUUUAAAAUUAUGUGUUUUCCUUCUCUUUAAGAAGUAUUGUAAGAAAGACUUGUAUAGGUGUUUAACCUGUGCUUUGUAACUGGUGGGCAUAAAGAUCGCUAGUUUUUUAAAAUCCUAGCUAUAAAUCAAUACACUGCUUUAAUUGGAUAUUAACUAAUGUUUACUAAGGAGACUACAGCAGAAAACAAUCCUUGUUUUAAUAGUAAUUUACUGAAAGGUAUAAUGAUACCUGUAAUAGGGAAAGAAAGGUCAGAUGAAGAUAAAAUUAUAAAUGGAUUUGACAGGCCAUAUUGUUGUAUCCUGUUCGUAAUAAACAUUCAAGUUCUACAUGUCUGUAAUAAUUUAUGAAAAAAGUAUAGGAAAUCUAUAUGAUAAGAUGAGAGAAAAAUGGGAUGGUAAUCAGCGCUGACCACUGCUAAAUAGCAGAGAGGACAAUUUAGUUUAAUGAAAUCUGCAUGUCCACAAAUAGCAAUAGAAAUUGCUACCAUAUUUAACUAGUUUUUUUGUAGGCCAUGAUACACUGAAGACAACCACCCAUUUAGGUAGCUAUACAAAAAAAGAAAGAAUUACUGGUAAAUGUUACCACAUUUAUUUGAAGCACAAAGUCUAUCUUUCUUUAUCCCUAAAUUAGCUUUUCAUCAUUUAGCAUUUAUUUGGAAAAAAAACUUUUUAUGUCAGUUUGAAAUUUUCUUAGAAUUUUAAAAACAAUUCUUUGAAAGUUAUUUUUGGUUGCCUAUCUAUUUUUCUAAUUUAUAUUUUUUAUUUGUACAUAAAUUUCAUACAUAAAAUUAGUUUUUUCCACAGAUUAGACUGCAAACCAUGAAGUAAUUAUUAUAGCCUUAGAAUCAAUAUUGACUGAAUUUUCAAAUGGAAACAAUGGUUUAAAUUAAGUAAAAAUUAAAAUAACUUUCUUCCCAAAGCCUUCAAGAAUGUGUAUAAUUUUUUAUGGGUAAGGACAUUUUCAAUUAAAAAUAUAAAAAAAUACUAAUUUGAAAGAAUGAGGUUAUAUUAGAAUAUUUAACAAAUGAAGGUCAGAUUAUGAUAUGUACCAUAUUCUUCAGAUUAAAACAAAACAAAAUAUUGUAAUAUUUAAUUUAAUGUUUGGAUACUAUUUUAUAAAAUGGAGGUGGUUGAAUUUUCAUCCUUUUAUCAUAAAGUCUAAAAAAAUCCUAUUUGACAUGAGAAAUGCUAGCCUCUAUAUUAAUGAAGACACAUCAAUUUUCAACCCAUUUCAGUAUCAACUCUAAAAUUGAUUUCAAUUUACAGAAAGAUAAUUUAUUAUUUUAGGUUGCUCUUUUGAAAAGCUUAUUUAUUUUGUAAAAAAAGAAAAAGAAAACAACAUGGUAAUUCACUAAACUAUUCCUUACUUCUUUAUAUGUUAGUUAUAAUGACCAACUCAUUCUCAAAAAAUAUUUUUUUUUUGCAUUCCACUUUCUAUUAUUAUUGCUUUAACCUAUGUCCAUUCUGCUAUAUGUAAUUAAAGUUGUUAAUUUAUAUGAGAAUAUUUUCAACUAUGUCAAUGGUUUCUUAAUAUUUAUUGUGUAAAAGGACUGGUAUUUUUUUUAUUUACGGUUUGUUGAAAGAGAUGUUUUCAUUUGUUUAUAGUAGAUAUUAUUUAUUUUGACAGCAUUCCAUUCAAUAUGAUUUACAUGUGGACGGUAUGCUAGCUGUACAAUUUAGUGGGAAAUACUCAACAGCUCCUUGUAGAUUUUAGGAUUUAUGAUUUUUUUUAAAGAUAUGUUUGGAUUGUUUUUUUUCCAUCCUUUUUAAAAACUUUCUUUAAAGAUUCACCAUGCACACAGGUGAUUGUCCUGGUAAAGCCUGACAAUGUUGUUAAAAAGGAUGAUAAAAAUUAAGCAAGACUCCUGUAAUGAGGUCAUUUUUGUAUGUACAUGCAAGAUGUUUGGGUCAGAUAUAGAUUUAUCUUGAUCUUUUGUAUUCUUGCCCUUUGAAAACAUCAAAAUGAAACAACUUAAGUGAACUAAAUAAAGGGAGUUUACUGAGAAA